AUGGCGCCAAGCCCACCGCAUCUUGAGCUCCCUCGAGGGGAAGCAAUGCAAGCUGUGAAGUUAAUCAAUCCUGUCAACUUUGGGCCUGCGAUUCUGCAGAGGUUCAUGGCACCGCCUGUCCCAGGCUUAGAGACUUUCAAGAGCUCGCCGUCGCUGUCAUUCCUACUUGAGCACAGGUCUGGAAGGAAACUUGUGUUUGACUUGGGAAUCCGAAAGGACCAUGAAAACUACGCGCCCUCGAUUGUGAAGUACCUGCCGACUACAAAUUACAACAUCGAAGUGGCGGGGAAUGUGGCAGAUAUUCUGGAGCAGAAUGGCGUCCCUUUGGAUGAGAUUGAAUCAGUGAUAUGGAGCCACUGGCAUUGGGAUCACAUCGGUGAUCCGUCCACAUUCCCCCCAAAGACGGAUCUUGUCGUCGGACCAGGUUUCAAAGAAAACAUGCUUCCCGGCGCCCCUGCGAAUCCGGAGUCACCCAUCCAAGAGAAGGAUUAUGUUGGUCGCAAUCUGCGUGAGAUCAAUUUCGAAGGCCCACACUCACUUAAGAUUGGUCAGUUCCCUGCCUUUGACUAUUUUGGGGACGGGUCAUUCUAUCUAUUGGAUAGUCCUGGACACGCUGUAGGUCAUCUGUGUGGUCUGGCUAGGACGACUGCUGGACCAGACACAUUCAUUCUUAUGGGUGGGGAUGUCUGCCAUUAUGCUGGCAUCUUCCGACCCUGUCAAUAUCUACCAAUUCCAGACGCAAUCUCUCCACACCCCUGCCACCCCGGGCACGACAGUGUUCUAUGUCCCGGGGAGGCAUUCGCACGCCUGCAGAAAUCACGAGGAAGGGAGCCCACCGAUAGUCUAUUCGACUUGACGUUCGGCCUGGAUCUGGAACUUGCUACCAAGACUACUCGGCAACUACAAGAGUUGGAUUGCAACCAGGACAUCUUUGUUGUGGUGGCCCAUGACUCUACGGUACGAGAUGGUGUACCGCACUUUCCGCAAAGUCUGAAUGAUUGGAAAGCUCGAGGGUUCGGCAAAGGGCUGAAAUGGGCGUUUCUCCGCGAUCUUGAGAGUUACUGGAAAGCCGAGGGCUUACUGUAA